AAGACAUUCCUUUGACUUGUCUAUUAAGUAGAGAAUACGUAGCUAAAAGCUUUCUAAUCAAUUUCAAAAAUGGUUCAACCUCAAUCGAAAUUGGAUGUUGUCAUUGAAUCUCCAACCAGCAAACACCAAGAACACGCAGUUAAGCCAUAUAAUAUUCAGAAUCAAGAAAAAACGCAAAAGAAGCCAUCAGUCAUUGCGAACAUUAAUGCCAGCUAUUUCAGGAUUUGCAUAUCCCUUGCUGGUCAAGCUUUACUUUGGAAAACCCUUAGUGAAGACACAAACAUGGGACCAACCUUUCGUAACUUGUUCUUGAAGUUACCAUCGACUGCUUUUUUCUUGCUUUGGUGUCUUUCCCUAUGCGUGUUGGUGUCUCUCUCUAUCCUAUAUGUUUUGAGGUGCAUUUUCUACUUCAACAUGGUGAAAGCCGAGUUCCAUCACCAUGUAGGAGUAAAUUACCUAUUUGCACCAUGGAUAUCAUGGCUCCUGUUACUUCUAUCAGCUCCAUCAUUCAUUUUACGCCACAAAUACUCUUGUGAGUAUUUAUGGUGGCUGCUUAUCAUUCCAGUGGUAGGUCUUGAUGUAAAGGUAUAUGGGCAAUGGUUUACGACUGAAAAGAGGUUUUUGUCAAUGGUGGCUAAUCCAACAAGUCAACUAUCGGUAAUAGGGAAUUUCAUAGGAGCCCAUGCAGGCAUUAAAAUGGGGUGGAAAGAAAGUGGCACUUUCUUGUUUACAUUGGGACUCACUCAUUAUAUGAUUGUUUUUAUCACCCUUUAUCAGCGUCUGUCUGGCAGUAAUCACAUCCCCUCCAAGCUCAGACCUGUUUUCUUCCUCUUUGUAGCUGCCCCGAGCAUGGCAGCCUUAGCGUGGAAAUCUAUUAAAGGAAGCUUUGAUAUCCAAUGCAAAAUGCUAUUCUUUCUAUCCUUAUUUCUAUUUACAUCUUUGGCUAGCCGGCCGAUGCUUUUCAAGAAAUCAAUGAAAGAGUUCAGUGUGGCAUGGUGGGCUUUCUCCUUCCCUCUCACCUUCCUUGCUCUGGCCGCCACAGCAUACGCACAGCAAGUGAAGAGUCUCACAGCAACUGGAUUAGCAGUAGUCUUAUCAACAAUCUCAGUUCUUGUUUUCCUCAUCCUCUUGGUCUUUUCCACGUUGAAGAUCGACUCCCUACUUCAUAAACCUAUUCUCAAAUUCUCUAACGAUUCAAUAUCCUACAAUCUAAAUUAAUGUCUUUGGUGAAAUAAGCUAGACAUUAAGGGCAUUCUGAAAUAUCACUAUACUUAGUUAGUUAUUAUGCUUGGCUAGUUAUCUCUUAACCAUUUUCAUGAAUCAAUACAACAAUUGAAGAGCAUCAUGUAUGUAUAUGUAUCUACUAUAUCUUGAUGAGUUGUUAUUAUCAAUGUUAUUUAAAUGUAAUGGG